CUUCGAGCAGUAGUUGUUUAUCACUAUUCAAUAAUCAAAACUACAAAUCUGAUAACAUGCAGUCAGGAAAGAAAGCCGUAGAGUCCAUGAAGGAAUCGGCAGCCAACGCCGCCGCCUCCACCAAGGCCGGCAUGGAAAAGGUCAAGGCCACCACCAAAGAGAAGGCAGAGAAGAUGACGACGAGAGACCCGGCGAAGAAAGAAGCCAGUACUGUGGAGAAGGAGAGAAGAAAAACCGAUGCGGAAUUGAACAAGGAAGCUGCCAAGGCGCACAACGAGGAGGGCCGGCGCCUGGCGGAGUCCCGUGGACCUCAUCCGGGAUACAAGACAUGGGCACCGAGCCUCCCAAAACCAGCAGUACUGCCACCGAAGACUAGGUCGAUGAUUACACCGUUAUCAUCCCGGAGCCACAGGCGGUGGCGCUUACCGUUGAAGUCGCGAGCUGAGGCACAGUUAAAAUUUGAAGCUGGUAGUAUAUAUUUUCCCGCUAAAGUUUCGUUCCUUUAGUGUUUGGUUGUCAAGGACACUGUUUUCCUGUUUGAAUAAUAUAAAAAAAAGUGGGGAGUUUGAUCUAAAUUAUCAUACGAUGCAAUGCUAUAAUUAUUUAGGA